UGCCAAGCGGGUGGAAGCGUCCGAGGGCGAAAGCGAAGUCUUCGGCGGCGGGUUGGGCAAAAUGGUUCGUGGCCGAGAGAUGAAGAGAAAUAGGUGGCGAGGUAGAAGAAGUGAUGUACAACAUAAUCAUAGACGAAUGUAUAAUGGCCAGCCUUAUACAAUGUUCCACCAUCAGCAUUCUACUGAAAGGCCUGAACAAAGAGAAUGGCAAAGCUUGCAAAACUCAGAUACAAGCCAAACUGAAGCACCCUCUGCAUCUUCCCAUUCAUGCCAAAGUUCUUCAGUUCCAGAAUUACCAGGAUUUUAUUAUGAUCCUGAAAAGAAUCGCUAUUUUCGCUUACUUCCUGGGCAUAACAACUGCAAUCCUCUCACCAAGGAGAGUAUUCAUCAGAAAGAGAUGGAAAGGCAAAGGUUAACACUUUUACAAGAGGAUGAGAAAAUGAUAAAGAAAACCCCCAGAUCUGGACUGAAUUCUUCAAUUAUCUUACGCAAGAAACAAUUAGGUUUCUAUAAUUCUAUAACUUAUUGCAGGCUGAUUCAUGAAUUAAAGGUGAAUUGCAUGAAGAGAAGGAAAUUAGAAACUGAGAACCUCAAUUCUUCAGUUUCUGGAAGCAACAAUUUUAAACUAAUUGUGGCAGACACUGCUUCUGAGAGAAUAGUCACUGUGAAUGAUGCAGAACGAGGAGGGUGUAAAUAUGGAAUUGUUGACCUCCGUGGUUUGGGAAAGGAUUCUCUUACCGUAGAGGUGUAUGAUAAUCCAUGCUUCACAAAUCGCAAGGUGAAUUCUGUAUGCUGGGCCUCUUUGAGGCAUCAGGAUUCUCAUAUUUUGUUGUGCCUCAUGGGUGUUGCAGAAAACGUAGGGUGUACCAGCCUGCUCCCAGCUUCCUUCUUCAACAGCUCUAACACAGCAGUUGAACGUGGAAUGUCAUGGAGGUUCAACAUCUCCACCGCCUGGUCUUGUGCCUGGUGUCAUAAUCCUCAAGCUAAUAACUGCUUUAGCACAGGUUUAAGUCAACGAAUCAUCGUUACUGAUGCAGUGACUGGUCAUCAUCAAACAUUUAACACCAACAGUGAUGUUCUAGCACAGCAAUUUGCCACCCAGUCUCCAGUUUUAUAUAAUGGUUGUCGUUCAGGAGAGAUUUUCAGUAUUGAUGUCCGUCAAUGCAACCAUAAAGGGCAAAGAUGGAAAGCUGGUCAAUUCUUCCAUGACUCAGCAGUCACGUCUGUUAAUCUCCUGAAAAGUGAGCAGCAUCUCAUGGUUGCCGAUAUGUUGGGCCAGAUAAAGCUCUGGGACCUGAGAAAACUAAAAUGUGUAAAAGAAUAUAGCGGUCAUAAAAACGAGCACACUAUUCUUCCUUUGCACAUCAAUGAGGAAGAAGGGCUUCUUUCAGCAGUGGGUCAAGACUGCUAUACGCGAAUUUGGAGUCUCCAGGAUGCUCAUUUACUACGAACUAUUCCAUCUCCUUCUCCAGCUUCCAGAGAUUCUAUUCCAAGUGUGGUGUUCUCAUCACAGCUUGGAGGUGCCCGAGGUGUUCCCGGCUUGCUUAUGGCAGUCAGACAAGAUCUCUACUAUUUCUCCUAUAAGACAGAUGAUCCAUAUUGCCUGGAUAUUAAAAAUAUGGACUGUUCCACUUUGCAUAGUGACUGAAAAUAAGAAUGAUGAGUAUAGUAGUGCUGCAUAGUUGUGCUGUGUUUCUCAUAGCUAACGUUCAAGACUUUUAUAAUUAUCAAUAUUUUUCAGUGUUUAAAAUAAAACAGAUUAUGAAUAGUG